AUGCCACCUAAGAGAGGUGCCCCCGGCCUCCGCGCCACUAUUGGCGACGCCACCGCAUCCACCAAAAAUAUUCGCGACUUCUUCCAAUCACUCAGCCAAGAAGAUCUGCAAUGCUCCACAAAUGCUGCCACAAUCCAGGGCAAAUUAGAUAGGCUCUCAUUGAUGCAAGAGAGGUUUUGUGAUGCCCGUGAUAAAUUGAAUGAAGCCCAGAGAACCCCAGAAGAGAUUGAAAAUGAUUCCCAAGCUGAAAUAGAAUUCUUGGCGGCAUUUGAAACCGCGGAAGAUAUCGGUAUGAUGAAGCGCGCUGAGAUGAAGACCUUUAAUGAUGAGCAUCGUGCCAAUAACGACAUCAUGGCCAGGCUUACUCACGCGAUUGAAAUUAUGUCCGUAAACCAUUCCCAAUCUGCCCAGCACCCCAAGAAUCAUGUGAAACUGCCCCAAAUUACCCUUCCAGAGUUCAGUGGCAAAUAUUCCGAGUGGAUGGGAUUCCGAGACAUUUUUGUUUCCACUGUGCAUGAGAAUUCAAAUCUCCCUGAUGCCGUGAAAAUCCAAUACCUGAAAUCAUCGGUGAAAGGGCAAGCAUCUUCACUGGUGAAGCAUCUUGCAACCACUGCCGAAAAUUAUCCCAUCGCCUGGCAAAUGCUCACUGAACGUUUCGAGCGUCCCGCAAAUAUUGCUAUGGAUUAUGUCCGUCGACUAAUUUCCCUCCCAAAAAUCCAAACCGCCAAUAAAGACAAUGUUCGAGAGCUUACUGCUCAAUGCCACGAAAUUCUUCAGGCCUUAGAUUCCCUAAAGGUCACUGAACGUGAUCUCUGGAUUAUCAGUCUUAUCUACGAUAAACUCGAUGCCGAAUCUCAAUCCCAAUGGAAUAAGGACUCCCCUGAAGGCAUUCCCUCCUGGAAUGAUUUCUAUAAAUUUCUGGAUAAGCGAAGUGAAGUUCUCGAGAAGUCUCCUGCCUUAGAUUCGGUGGUCAAUAAUAUUAAAUCGGAAACCUCGAAAGCCAAGACCACUCCAUGGUCAAAGAAAAAUACCACGAAUAUUGUGAACAGUACAAUUGUCAAUGGUUGCUCUCUGUGCCCAGGAGAGAAUCAUCCAAUUUUCCGCUGCAGCGCUUUCACUGCGAAAUCCCCAAAUGAUCGAUUGCAACACAUUCGCACAAUGAAGUUGUGUCGCCAAUGUCUUACCGAUAUCCACAUGACCAACACCUGCGCGUUCAGAAAAUGCAAGAAAUGUGAUGGGAAACAUAACAUACUCCUCCAUGAUGCUUUCGCGAAUUCCACAGCUCCAUCCGUCCCAAAGGAUGAUCCAAAAUCAUCCAAAGAAUCAGCCCCAGAAAAUACAGUCCAAAAAUCCAAUGUUGGUAAGGAAAAUGUACCAACCGCCAGUAUUACAACCAAUGUGAAUACUGCCAAUGUUUCCCACAAAACUCAAGUGUUCCUUGGCACUGUUGUUGUUAGAAUUCUGGACAAAGAUCGAAACGUUCAUCUCUGCAGAGCUCUUCUUGAUAGCGGUGCGCAACGGAGCAUCAUCACUCAGAGUCUGUGCGAUAAACUUCGCAUCCCAAAGAAAUCGGUGAGCAUAACCGUGUCUGGAGUCGCCAAUAGGCUCUGUGGCGCAAAACAUCUCGUGAAUGCUACCAUUUUCCCACGUCAUGCAGAAGAUUACAUCAAUCUUGACUGCUUGGUGAUGCCAUCGAUCAAUGGAAAUAUGCCAAACUGGAAGGUCAACCCAGCAGACUUCAAUAUUCCGCCAGACAUAGUUCUGGCAGAUCCUGAUUACCACGUACCUCGACCGGUAGAUCUUCUCAUCGGUGGUGAUAGGUACUGGAGAAUUGUCCUAGAUAAUCAAGUAUCAUUGGGACCCAAGAUGCCAAUCCUGAAGAACACCACAUUCGGUUAUGUGAUCGUUGGAGAACAUGAAAUCAGCCAAAAUGAUGGAAACUCUAAUGAUGACGACAAGGUCAAUCUGAAUGUUGUAACUAUUGAAGAACUUGAUUCAACUCUUCGCGCCUUCUUUGAAAUGGAAGAAGUUCCUGCAGAUAAACCCAUUUCAAAGGAACAUGAAGAGGCAGAGAAAUGGUUUGUCGAAACUCACACACGAAAUCCUGAAGGUCGAUUCGUCGUGCAUCUCCCUUUCCGAAAAGAUUCUCCUCCCCUAGGAGAAUCUCGAUCCCAAGCUAUAAGUCAGUGGCUUCGUACUGAAAAACGCUUAGCACAACAUCCCAUCCUCAGAGAUAUCUACAAUGAGACCAUGAAGAAUUAUCUAGCCAACAAUUGGAUGGAACCCGUUCCUCCAGGAGAACUUAUGAAGCGACCAUGUUUCUACCUACCACACCACAUUGUGUACAAGAAAGGUGCACCAUUGUCCAAAGCCCGAGUCGUCUUUAAUGCUGGUGCUAAGUCAUCAAGUGGUGCUAGUCUAAAUGAUGCUCUUCUUAUCGGUGCUGCAGUCCAAUCUGAUUUGUACUCCAUUCUAAUACGAUUCCGCCUCAAACAGUACACCAUGACUACAGACAUCUCAAAAAUGUAUCUACAACUGAAACUCUACUUACCUGAUGCCGAUUACCAACGCAUUAUUUUCCGUGCUAGUCCACAAGACCCAAUUCAAGAAUUCAGAAUCACAUCUGUUUGUUUUGGAGUUGCAUCAUCAGCUCAUCAUGCCACCCGAGCACUCAAACAAUUGGCUGAUACAUAUGAGAAGGAAUUUCCACUUGCUGCGAGAGCCAUCAGAGAACAUUUCUAUGUUGAUGAUGGGCUAAUAACCGCUGAUUCUCUCCAAGAAGCUCUAGAAACGCAGAAGCAGCUCCUUGAACUAUUUGCAUCCGCUGGAUUCCAUUUGAGCAAGUGGACAUCCAAUAAUCCCGAUUUACUGAUCAACAUCCCACCAGAAGAUCGCCAGGACUGCAUGAAGGAAAUCUCAGGAAAUGUGAAGGCCUUGGGAAUUACAUGGAAUCCCAAAAAUGAUGUCUUCAAUUUUGCAGCUCCUAAAAUGUCAGAUGGACCUGUGACUAAGAAAACCCUCGUUUCUGACGUAGCAAAACUCUUUGAUCCUCUCGGUUUAAUUGGACCGGUAAUUACUGAUGCUAAGAUUCUCAUGCAGGAAGUUACCCGUCGAAAAUUGGAUUGGGAAGAGGAACUACCAAUGGAUUUGCUUGAGAAAUGGCAGACAUUCAAGAGUCGCCUGAAGGAUGUGGAAUCAAUUUCUGUACCUCGUUGGAUUUCUCCAAUGGAAGCACCCAAAAUUCAACAACUGCAUGGAUUCUGCGACAGUAGUAAACUUGCACACGGUGCUGCAAUUUACUUGGUCAGUAUCAACACAGAGACAAAUGAAAUUACCUCCAAAUUGAUGACUUCAAAAUCACGAGUCAAUCCAAUUGAUCCCAUUACCAUUCCCCGGAGCGAACUCUGUGGUGCUGCACUUUGUGCUAAACUCAUGGCAAAAGUUAGCAAAGAGUCCGGCAUUUCCGACUGCUAUUAUUGGACUGAUUCUGAGAUUGUCCUACAUUGGAUUAAUUCUCCACCAAAGGAUUGGAAGAUCUUUGUCUCCAAUCGUGUACGUGACAUUCAAAACAUUUCUGAUGUGAAGAAAUGGAGACAUGUUCCAUCAACAGAAAAUCCCGCUGAUAUAAUUUCCCGUGGAGCAACGCCAAAGCAACUUGCUGAUUCCCAGCUAUGGUGGAAUGGACCGACGUGGCUCAGUCAAGAUUCUUCAUCAUGGCCACCUCCUUUUACCAAGCAUUCUCUCACGAAUGAGGAAGCUGCCAUCAAUCUAACAAAUGAAGAGAACAGCAAUGGAUUCUCUCAAUUUGUGACUGCACAUUCCAAGUACAUGCGUCUGCUACGCGUUACCGCAUAUUGCUUGAGAUUCAAGAAAAAUCUACGUUCCAACCCUGAAGAUCGUUCUCUCGGUCCACUGUCACCUGAAGAACUAGAUGAAGCCCUCAAUUGUCUGUUGCGUCAAGAGCAAUCAGAGAAAUAUCCUGAUAUAUUCGAAGCAAUAAAUUCUGGUCAAAUCCUAACCAGCAAGAAAUGGAAAUCGAUUGCUCAAUUCAAUCCUUACAUCGAUCCCAAAGGAGUGAUAAGAUUUGGUGGUCGUAUUGAACGUGCAGCAAUUCCGUAUGAUGCCAAACAUCCGAUUCUUCUACCGAAAGGACAUCUUUCUGAGUUAAUAUUUCGUCAUGAACACCUUCGCAAUCUCCAUGCCGGACCUCAAUUACUUCUCAGCACAAUUCAUCAAAGAUUCUGGGCUAUUAGUGGACGGUCCAUCGCUCUCAAAGCAAUUCAUUUGGAAUUGGUGACGAGUCUUUCUACUGAAGCUUUCAUAGCUGCCUUUCGCCGUUUCACAAGUCGAAGAUCAUCUCCAGCUGAAGUUUAUUCUGAUAAUGGGAAGAAUUUCAUUGGCGCUGAAAGGGAGUUGAGGAGACUUUUGUUCCAAGAGCAAGGACAACGUGAAAUUGUUGAUGCCACUUCCGGCGAUGGCAUAAAAUGGCAUUUCCAACCAGCAGCAUCUCCACACCAUGGUGGAAUUUAUGAAGCAAAUAUAAAAUCCGUAAAAUACCACCUGAAACGAGUAAUUAAGGAUGAACCUUUGAGCUAUGAGGAAUGGCUUACAGUGAUUAAUCAGGUGGAGGCAGUCCUUAAUAGUCGCCCAUUGACUGAACAACCAAUUUCACCCGUUGACGACAUUCAGCUUACACCUGGACACUUCAUUGCUCAUAAACCAUUGAAUGCACUUCCGGAUCCAUCACUGGAACAUCUCCCUACAAAUCGAUUGUCUAGAUGGCAAUUGUGUCAACAAAUGAUGCAAAAUUUCGCAAAGAGAUGGAAGACCGAAUAUCUCCGACUUCUCACGAAGAGGAAUAAAUGGUUGAAGCUCGGAGACAAUUUGAAUAUAGGAGAUGUCGUUAUCUUUCAUGAUGAACGAUUCCCAUCUCAACGUUGGCCACUAGGCCGUAUUAUAGCAGUUCACCCAGGCAGUGAUAAUUUGAUCAUCAAGAAGAUCAGCCCGGGGAGUAUGGAAGUGAAAUUUGUGAAAAUUUAA